CUGAAUGGAACAGAGUGGAAAGACUGGGUGUCAGGGACGAGUUUGAAGAAAUUCGUGGCCAGAGAAGAGGACUGACUUGCAGCCAUGCCAAGAGGAGGGAGGGGGACAUGACCACCACGACGACCAGCGGGAGCAUCAGGAGGACAUGGACGACAUGGGCCUUACCGUCGAGCAAGCACUCCAAUAUAUAACGAUGGGGAUAUCAAGUUAUUCAUGGACGAGUUAUGGGGCCACGCUGACCAUAUGGGGUGGACCGUGACUCAGACGAUCGAGAGGUUGAGGGGAGUUAGUAGGUUUAUGGAGCCCGUCGCACAGAUUCGCAGGGGGGCUCGAACGAGGUCGGAAGUGGAGGCGCGGAUGCAGGAACUGCGACCGUCACCUGUGGGGCCUGAUGGCAGACCUAUUCGGCUGGAGAUUGGGAAUGCAGAGGAGUUCAUCCCAGCAUUCGAGCAAUUCAUGCAGAACCAGGGAAUACUGCGAAGCGAGUGGGUGACGACGUUACCCCUGUGGACCCGAAAGGCGAAAAGACCUUUGGCCAGACAGAUCAUGGACAUGGACCGAGAUUGGGAUGGUUGUGGAGCGCACUUGAGGGCGGCAUUCCGACAGCCAGAACCACCUCAGCCUAGAGUCGAAAGGCGCCUCAGGAGCGACAGGCGGAGGGAACCUGAGCCCCCUGAGGACCGAGCCUCGCGGAGAGGACGAAAGGCGCUUGCUAGGCGGGAAGAGGAGGACGUGCCUAAGGCUGAACGACAGGAGGAGCACCCCGAGGGUGGAUUGGGGCCAGUAGAGUUCCACCGCUAUACUGGAGGAGGACUGGGGGAAGCGCCACAACAUAUACAGGAAGAUAUACCGACCGUUGAAGGGUCAUUGCAAGCAUUGGAGGCGCAUCUGGAUGCUGCCCAGUGGAGAGAGUCGCCGAUGAGUGAGAGGCGCAUUGGGGCCGUUGCGGAAGUACCACAAGAGGACGUUCCARACCCUGAACGAGAGGAGGGGCCGAGUGCUACAAAAGGACGGAUUGGGGAUGAGAUCAUAGACGUUGAGGAGGACACUCCCCCUCAGGGACCAGCCGUGGGGCUGAGGCUCGGUAGUCCACCCGAGAACCCGCCAGAUACGAGGAAGGAA